AACGAUUGGAGCCCGCGGUCCAAAUCGUCCAAAUUGUCACAAUGGCGGCGGAAGUGUUGAAUGAUAUAAUUUGUCGCAGGAUAUCUGUAGAUGAUUUAAUUGCAUGGUUGACAACAGAUCAAAUGGUUGACUGCCCUGCAGCAUUGGAGAAUGUGAAAUGCGGCAGGAAAGAUUUUGUGCCUUACUUUAUGAACUUCUUAAGGGAGCAGACAUCAAGGAUCUUACAGCUGGUCAAUUUCCCUGCCUCAAAUAAGGUGAACAGACCAUUUCAGAAAAAAAAUAAUGGAAAAGAUCGUUUGGCUCCAUUUCCCCCGAGUCAGCAUGACCAUGCUGAUGGCAACAUGGGGAUGAAGGCUCUGGAUGUUCCAGAUGUUUCAUAUUCAGAAAUUGAGGAGAGAAGCAAGAGGAAAACUGCAUGUGUGACAAAGAGGAAGACAGCAGGAGAUCCACAUGACUUUGGGAAACCAAUUGCACAGAGUAGCCCUGUGCAGGAUCACAAACACAGCAACUCUGACACCACACGCAGAUGUUUCAUUUUAGAGGAUUUCAUUGUGAAGGGAACAAGAUCUGGUAAGAAGAAGGGCACUGGAGCACAAGGACAAAUGCUGCAACCUUCUGGUAGCAGGGAAAGCAAGUCACGCAAGAGAAUCAAUCCAACACGACUGGGUACUGAAGAAUCUAAGGGUGGAGAUGUACGUUUUGGAUUGGCAUCAAGGUUGUGUGAACCCAGUGCCCCAUUUUGUGAGCAGUCAAUAGAAACAAGCAACAGUAAGAACUUUGAUGAGGAGAGAAUACUGCUGCGAAAAGAACGUCUGAGACAAAUGUGUGACAACAAGCAUGUAACUCACUCCGCUACAGAAGUGGUCACUUCUUAUGUUAAUGAAUUUGUUGUGGCCAAGCCUCAUCUGGUGAGCUGCCAAGAAGAGCUGCAGGUGUUAGCAGACAUUUACUCUCGCCUGAUGGAUUGUAAUUUGGUUUUAAAUAUAAUGACAGAACUGUAUUUUGUGGCGGGCUUGCUUGUGGUUCGGGUCCCUGUUGGAUGUGAAACGGAUGAGCUUCAUCCAUCUCAGGAAGUAUCCAGUGAGGAAGCCACUCAUCAUUUGUAUCGUGGAGCAUGGAACAUGAAGAAAUGUGCUUAUUUUACUACAGUACAUAAUUGUGUGUAUUUUGCUACAUCACUGUUGAACCGGCAGCGGCAUAUUUUAGAGUUAUUUGACAAGACUACAUUAAGAAUGAUCGCCGAUAACAGAUACAUUUUAGCAUUUAUGCCAGAUUUGUAUGACUUCAUUAGUGAAUUUCUUACCAGUGACAUGUCAAAAACUAGACGAUGUGCACCUGUGGUUGCAGGAAUUCAGGCCAAUGUCUCUUUCCAGUCAGACACUGACAAUCGUCACAACUUUCCAACAGACCAGGCAUUUCACAUUUUUCGCAAGCAACGUGACGGUUUCUAUGACAUUCUUCGCAAGUGGGAGGCAGACCACAUGUUACCUGACUGGUCAUUUGCUAAUGCACUGGGAUCACGUAUAAAAACACUUCUUAACCUUCACAGUGAGCCUGCCAACUUUGUUCACUUUGCACGUCUGUUUCGUUCGCAGCUGCUUGGAACCUGCAGUGGUUACUCCAGUUGCAGUGAGCAGACAGCAUUUAAUGACAAUGGUGGUGAGAGCCUCAGCAUUCUGAAGGAUGUGCACCCGGAGAAGCUGAGUCGUCUGCAUGAGAGACUGGUAAAUCCAGUCCAGUCUGGUGGCCCCUGUCCACUUCCAUCAUUCCCUGGACACCAGGAGUUUUACCAUGACUUCAUCCUGCACUCCUCGAAUCCUGCUUUUCUGCAGCAUUUGGCCGACAGUCUUGCCUCUCAGAUACUGGCACUCAAUGAGACCACUUUUGUGGCAUCAGAUUUGGAGGAUAAAGACACAUCUGUUGAUGAUACCACUCGCAGCAAUUACUUGACAUGUGUGUCAGCUCUCCGCUUGCUUGCCAAGUUCCUUGGUUUGGUCACGUUCCUGCCAUACAGGUCAAGAGUGAAAGUGCUUCCAGAAGACAUAGUAGGAUCACAGUCUGCAGUACGUGCCAAGUUAUGUCCACAGUUGGAAGUCUUGGGAUGCAUAAAGGAGGCCAAGCAGAGUCACAAGUUGGUGCUAACGUUACCAUGGGUUGUAAAGUACCUGUCCAUGAUGGAUCCAGUCUCUGCUCACCUCCCUUAUUAUAGUGCUGUGUUCGAGCAAUUGUUUGGUGUAUAUCAAAACAUGCACUUGUCUGGCAGAGCCUCAUUACUCAUCAGACUGGUGCUGGGCUGGCUGUUUCAGUCUUCAAACAUUCUGGAAGGACUGUUCUAUGCUUGGAAACAAGAUCCGAGCAUCAGCAAAACAUUACACACAGGGGAACCCACACAGUUGGUGCCUCUGGAUGCUCUUGAUAUAGUGGAUGAACACUGCCUCUACCUCUGCUGCCCCUACAUGGGUGAAUUGAAGCUUUGCCUGUCAGUUGGGAUGGGCUCCUCAUGCAGAACAGUGAAGCACAUCACUCCAGUGUCUGCAUCAUUGGAUACACCAUCUGCUGCAAAACAAAUACAGCUACAGCUGGAAGAGAGUUUUUUCCAUGGACAGCCAGCAUCCACUCGGAAGACUGUGGAGUAUGUUGCAGAGCGUGUUGCAUCCAGCUGUGUGAAGCACAUUUGUAGCACAUUGCUUCAGAGUGUUAGGAAGCAAGGGGCUAAACAUGUUUCACAGCUUAUUUCUACCAGCACUGUCCUCAGCACAAUGAACAGCGAAUCGGAAACUUCUAUGAAGCAGCUUAAGGAGUUGCUGCUGACAGAAGUGGCUUCCAUAGCUGACAGAUGCUGCGGCGACUUCAGGCAUCAGUGUGAUGUCAGGGAGUAUUGCAGGAAGAGGUGCAAGGUUGCAUUGCCAGUUCUCCUGGCAGGUGAUGUGUUAGAGCCUGUAUGCACCAUGUGUGCACAGAUUGCUGCCAGAUUCAGCCAAGAACAUGUCAACACAUGGAUACAGUCGCAUAUCACUCCAGGCCUGUUUCUGAAAGAAUUUGAGUUGGACAUAGAGAAGGCAUUUCGUAAUGUUGGAAAGCUUGAGAGUAAGAAAGAAAGUAUGUGCAAGACAUCACAUGUGGUGUACUCUGGUGUAAGGAAUGUGAAGCAUCUUGAUGAUAUUGAGUCCCCAGCCCAUGCCAUCAUGCAGAUUCAGAAUAUGAUAUGGGGGCUGCUGGAUGGUGACACCUGUGUUGUGACUGAGCAGCAGGUGUGGGUGACACUGGAUGUUGUUCAAGGAGCUCUCUGUAACCGCUCAGAUCUGGUUCCUUCAGCUGAGAGAUUGUUGCCAUCUCUGGUCCUGGAUCUUGCACUGUUGCUAGUUGCGCGUUACCCAGAUAUGAUGACCACAGGGCUCAUGGAGCAGUUUGUGAGUGUGUGGCGUGUCUGUGAGGAGUGUGACGCUUUGCUGCAUGUUCUAUGUCCACGCAACAUGUUGCUGCUGUCACAGUCGAGACAUGCAGCAGGCAAAGUUUGGACAUGUCUAGCUGGACUGUUGGCACACCUGCUGUCAUGUGGUGUGCUCCUGCCCGACUCGCUGGAACAGCAGUGUAUGGAGCUACUUCAGAGCUCUUGGCCUCAGCAGGAUGGAGCCACGGCGCGAACUGCAAUGCGUGUUUUGUGGGAACGCUUCCCCAGGCGCCUGAUUUCUUUGAGGGGCGAUCUUCAGUGGCCGGCACGCUCACCCGAUAUAGCCCCUUGUGACUGUUUUUUAUGGGGGUAUCUGAAAUCCCUCGUGUACACCGAUCGUCCAAGGACCCUUGCUCAACUGAAGGAGAAUAUUCGCCAAGCCAUAGCCAACUUACCCAUCGCUAUGCUGGAAAGAGUCGACCGACACUUCAGAAUUCAGGCAAAUCAGUGUAUCGCCAAUGGGGGGUGCCACUUGUUGGCUACAAUUUUUAAAACAGAGUAAACGUAAAUUUCCAAUGUUGUAGAAUAUGGAGAAAAAAUAAUUACAACGAUACCUAUAACAUCUUUUGUUUUAUUGACCCUUCAAAUCAGCAAAUUAUGCUGCCGCACCCUGUAUUUAUCGGCCGCUAUGUAGCCACGGCUGUCUUUUCUGGCUCCACUAUACUGUCUUUCAGAUGUCAUGUCACAGUACUGUAAAUAAGUCAUCUAGUUUCAUAGGUAUACCAAAUUUGCUGAGAUUAUUGUACAAAACAUUUCUUCUGGCUGAAUCAUACGUUUUCUCAGAAUGCGUACAUAGCUGAUAUACUGUUCCAUUGUACUGAAUUUUUUUCUCCAGUUUCUAACAAAUUAAAAUAUAAUCAGUAGUUCAUCUGUAUCUGGAGUUGGAGAGAAUUAAAAAUUUGUAUGAAGUUGAUAGUGACAAUGUGCUUUGAUAAUUAGUACAGUUGGUUUAUUGUCUUUCUUUAAAUUAGUACAGUGAUAGACUUGUUCCACUGCUGAGGCAUUUCUUCAGUAUUCCAAAUAGCAUUAAAAAUUUCUUGGAUCUGAGAAUGUAAUGCUCCACCUCCUGCAUGAAUCACUUCUGCCAGAAUUUGAUCGGUACCUGGUGAUUUAUAUAUUUUCAGCCUUUCAGUAUAAUCUGAACCUAGAAAUAUGGAGGAUACCUUAACUCUCUCUGGGAGUUAAUUACCUGAAAUAAUGUGAUGGGAUAAAUGUUUUAUUCUUAUACAUUUCUUAAAUGUUAAGAGAAUAAGCUGCCAAAGCAGAGUUACGCUAUAAGUUGGAUAGCUAGAGAACUGGCAUUUGAUUCGUGACAGGAGCCAUCAUGUCCGUACUGUCCAGACUAGGGCUGGGGCCCACCCAGCCUCCUAUCAAGUGGGUACUAAAGUCUCUUCUCAGUUGACCACUGACCUUUACUUAACCAAGGCUAAGAAUGUGUGGAGCUAUACCUCCACCCCUGCCUCUGUGUUCAUGGUUUGGGUGAGUAAUUAACACUUCCCACUCCAGGAGCCAAUUACAUCACGUCACUGUAUUUGCAUUAAAAGUACCACAGCUGAGUAGAUUGGCUUGAUGUUAAGAAUUUAGUAUGGCAUUUCUGUCAGAAGAUGGCAUCAGAUGUGAGGUACUGAUAUUUAGAAGAUAUAAUAAGCUUUCACAUUGUGAAUAUAUGUAGUCACUUAAAGGUCAUUUGAGGAAGUAUUGUUAGUUUUUCUGAGCAGCUGCAUUUACUCUUGACCAGCCUUGGUAUUUGAAGCAGGUAGUUUUGUGAUGGCUGAUCAGAGUGGCUGCAUUGUCUAAGGCACGAAAUUUCUUUGCCUGCUUAAAUGAUGGGAUCAUGGGUUUGAGUCACACGCAAAGGCAUAGCUGUUUGUUUGUCUAAGGACUUGGCCUUGCAAUGGGCUGAUUCUCCCUGUGGGGAGUCCUACUGACUGCCUAACAUUAAGAAGCUGAAGUGAAACGAAUCAUUUCACAAAUGCCUUAAGCUCAAAGUGGGUGGGUGAGUAAUGGCACUUGCCAGUCAAAGGACAAAGCUCAGGAAAAAUUUUACAUUUAGCUUUCCUUGUAUGACUUUUUCACAUAAUUUUCUGAAAUAUCAUGAGAAGAAGCUAGAGUAUGGGAUAAGAAUAAAAUAAGACCAAAUGUAGACAUGCAAGUCAGUGUAGCUCAGUCAGCAUGGAGACAAAGCUACAGGUUUGACAGCAAGAGAAUCGUGGUUCAGUUCCUGGUCAAGGCAAGGGGAAUCUCUUCACCACUGUGUCCAGACCAGAUCUAGGGCCCACGUAGCCUCCUAUCAGAUGGGUACAUGUGGUAAAAUAGCUGCGGUAUGAAGUUUCCCACUCUCCCCUGUUUAGGGCUGAUGUUAAGAAUGCAUGGAGCUAUUCCUCCACCAGAACAGUUUUACUUUUAUUUCAUGUGUUGCAGGGGAUCUUGCACCUGAUUGCCUUGUGCAUACGGGAAGUGAUGCAUCAGUACAGUGCAUCCAGAGACUACAAGUUCACCCUGCUGAUGGAAUGG